AUGUUGCUCUGCCAGGGUAUGUGGCAGGGUGCUCUACAGGGGCAGGGUGUUCUACAGGGGCAGGGUACUCUAACAGGAUAUGGAGGUGAGGCUGGGCAGGAAGGUGAGGCUGGGCAGGAAGGUGAGGCUGGGCAGGGAGGUGAGACUGGGCAGGGAGGUGAGGCCGGGCAGGGAAGUGAGGCUGGGCAGGGAGGUGAGACUGAGCAGGGAGGUGAGGCUGAGCAGGGAGGUGAGGCUGGGCAGGGAAGUGAGGCUGGGCAGGAAGGUGAGGCUGGGCAGGGAGGUGAGGCUGGGCAGGCAUCAGCACCCGUGAGCAUCACCUUCCCACCAGGUUUGGUACAGUCAUCUCCACUUGGAGCCAACUCCAGCUUCUUCAAAAAAUAUCCUGAUGGUCCCACAGCUGCUUUGCCAACAAAAAUGAGGAAUGUAGGCUCCAUUAAGAAGUGUCGCGAUGAUACCGAUGCUGCAUUACCCACCAAGAUGAAUCAGAUUACAUCCAACAACAUCCCUCAUACCAAAUUGGAUCCACUCUCUCCACUAAAUAACCAGUUGCAGGGUAAUGGCCGACAGAUGACCCCACUAGGCAAUCCGAUAUCUUCCAACGGCCUUAUGGGGACUGAACUCUCAUCCUCUGAUAAUAACAAUACUCACACCACAAAUAACUAUAAUAAUGGAAGCAUUAGAACCAGCAACACAGUGCCUCCAAGUGGGACUCCUGGUGAUGGGCUUUCCCUUAAUGGCACUGUGAGGUCCUCCACCACAACCUCCACUAUCUCACUAAGUGGCACACCAGAGCCACCAGUCAUAAAUAUCAGGUGA